AUGAGUAACUCAUCAGGCUUUGUGCGAAGCUCCAAUUUCAUUUUCGUGCUUCUAAUCCUCAGUCUCUUCCCUUUCUUCUCCGUUGUCUUCUCCGAUGAACUUGUCUCCGUUGCGAGUGAAACUGUUUCACUCCAAGUGACUCCGAGAAUUGAGGUUACGGAUUCUUCUUGUAGAAAUUCGAUAUGCGAGAGAUUACACAUCAAUGGAUUACAAAGGCUCAAGCACAUUGAUAAGUAUGCACAUUCACUGAAGCUGGUCCUUUCAAGUAAUACUUCCAACAUUCUACGAACAAGUAUAGACGUUUGCUUCCACAGAAAUUCGUCACUUGCGAUUGGAAUGUGCCCUCAUGGUCAGUGGAAGAAAGUAUCCAAAGGCUCGUGGGUCGGGAUAAUGUCACCAUUCGACUACAAGAUCCUCGAUAUAAGAACAUCUGGUGGCUCAUCUGAAUUCACCUUGGAGUUUUCUGCUAAACAAGAGUUCUUCAUGUACCGUAUGGUGUUUCUAAUCAUGGGGAUUGUGUUGCUGAGUUCGGCUUCUACACUGAGUAUGUCAUUACCGUUUUACUACAUCUGUGCCAUGUCCAUUGGGAUUAUCAUUCUUGCAACUCUUAUCAUUAACCAGGGGAUGAAGCGUCUCCCAACAAGAGGGAAGAGUCGGCUUGAGUUGUUUCUGUACUCAUCCAUGAUUGGUGUUGGAGGUUACUUUCUUGAAUACUUUUGCGGGUUCAUUCAACAUCUGCUAAUAACGCAGAUACGAAUCAGUGAAGAUUUGUACAUCCCUAUGGCGAUUCUUGCGGGUGCUUUUGUAUUUCUGUUUGGAGCAUGGUCAGGAUUUUGGACUGUCAAGAAAUUUGUUUUGACAAAAGAUGGUUCUAUUGACAUUACCACAUCAAUCUUUGUCUCUUGGACCAUCCGAGCUUUUGCUGUGAUUCUGAUCCUUCAGAGCUCUGUUGAUCCUUUGCUUGCUGGAGGAGCGUUGAUAUCUGGAACUCUAAUCUCAUCAAUUCUAAAGAGUAUCAUUAGAAAACUCUUAUCUCAAAGAAUCGUUGAGCAAGAUGUUGAAACUGAGAAUUGUAUCCGUGGCUUAAUCCAUGUUACUACGUUUGCUUCUCCUCUUCCUAAAGGAAUGAACAAGAUGCCGAGGAAAACAUCCCUCUCUGAUUCAGAUACCUUUCCUUCUUCGUUCCACAAAACACAAGAAGGGAGAAGAAAGUUUACCAAGGAAGAAUUGGCAAAGUUCACUAGAGAGAGCACCGAGAAGGCGGUCAAGGAACUGGUUUCUUCACCCGGUUUUGGCGAAUGGGCAGUGAAAAACGCCAAAAGAAUCAGCGUGAAUCCAAUAGAGGAUUCAUCGACCAGUAAAUUCAUUGAUACAGUUAAGCGUAGGAGAUGGUUUUUCUGGUUCUGAAGUGAAAGUUUUGAACCGGUAGGAGAGUGUAGAGACUCUUGUA